CAUGUACAAUACACGUGCGAUCGAACAUGUGUACAUGUACAUGUACGUGUUGCAACAUGGCGCUCCAUAAACCCAACCAAGGGGUAUGUACCCUGCACGCGUACAAUGAAACGACCCUGGCAAUGUGGUCAUGACAUUCGACUUUGGCACGUGACGCGAUAUGCAGCAACUACGUGUACAUUUAUUAGAAAUGGCGCCCCUCCCCACGACGAACACUGACAUUUAACGUGCUGUGUAGAAGAGUGGUAUUGGGUUUGGUUUCUUGCUGUUCUAUGCAAAAGCUAAAAAGAGAGAGUCUGAAAACGGAGCGUCAGAACUGAAGCAUGAAUUUUUCGGCCAGUGACGACUACCGUAAAGACGGUAGAACUCCCCAACACAACGGAAUAAUGCAACACAUUGAUAAAAUUACCUUCCAACCUGGGGACGAGGUUCUGGACGUGGGCUGUGGAUGAGGAGAAGAGACCAAAACGAUAGCAACAAAGGUCAAAAGUGUAACAGGUAUCGAUUCUUCAGAAGCAAUGAUAGCUACGGCCCAAAACAGCAACUCGGCAUCCAAUGUUCGGUAUGUUGUCUGGGAUGCCAGAACCGUCGGUGACAACCCAGAAUGGCGAGACAGAUUCGAUAAAGUUGUGAGUUUCUUCGUGAUCCACUGGAUCCCGUCGGCAGAUCAGCCUAAAGCGCUAGAGGGCAUCUUGGCCUGUUUGAAAAAGGGAGGAGAGGGUCUGAUUCUCAUCAGCACCGAUGUUGGCAGCCGCCACGCAGUGAGGGGGACUGUUUUACAUCUUAAGAACCAUCCCAAGUGGGGUGUAUACGUCAAGCAAUACGUGUUACCUGCUGGAUGGUGGUCUCGGUCCAUCAAAGACACCGAUGAACUGAUGAAGACGUAUGGUUGUACCAGCGUGAAUUGUGAAAUCGCAACUGACCAUAUAUCCCUGUCCGAGCUGCAAUUCAAAUUGACUGCCAAGACUCUACUCAGCUUUGUGAGUCUCAUACCGGCAGAGGAACAGGAGGCGUUCCUUGAUGAUUUGUAUCGCCAGGCGCUGUUAGACUUGGAGGACAAAGACCAGCCAGGGCACAUACAUUGUGUUGCUGAAUUUGUAGUUAUGCACGUCCGUAAAUAAUUGACCUUUACAGCCGUUUUAGCUUUACUUGGCUCUGGUGCCAAGGAGAUCUGUAAUGUGGAUGGUCACACAAGCACGAUAUGUACUACCUCCAAAGCCCGUGUCAUCAAGCACAAGGCAAAGAAUCCUGAAGCAGAUACGAAAAUAUAGAGAGACUUUGAACAGAAAGGGGUUACUCUUUUCUGAUUAAUCAAGUCACUUGAUAUAGGUAAAUUCAUAUUUCCAUGGUCUGCCUUGAGCAGAAUUACCCUUCAUUGGUUGAACAGAGCCAGGUUGGUCGGAAGUGUUCAUUUUAGUUGGUAGCA